GCUAAGCGCCCCCACGCCCCGGCCACCUGCCCCGCAAGAUGUGAGCGCGGGGGCAGCUCCCUGGGGACCCGGCUCGCCCCGCCGCUGCCUGCUGCAGGGACACGGCCCCUCGGCUCCGAGUCGGCUGCUCUCGCUCGCGGCGGUGCCGAGCGCGCUCCUGGGGGAGCCGGUCCGAGUCGCGCACCGGGGCGCGCGGGGUGCCAUGCCCUGCUGAUCCCCAGAAGCAUGUUUGGGCUGGAGCAGUUUGAGCCUCAGAUCAGCAGCAGAAACGCCGGACAAGGAGAGAGAAACUUUAGCCAGGCCGGACUGACCAUGAGCUCCCACUUCAAAUCGCCAGCUUUCCACUCGGGGGGCCCCGCGGAUCCGGCCAUCAGCGCCCUGGCCGAGCCUCCCAUCCUGGGCAUGAACAUGAACAUGGCGGGGGAAGCGUACGGCUUCCAUGCCCGGGGACACUCGGAGCUGCAUGCAGGGGGGAUGCAGGCUCAGCCGGUUCAUGGCUUUUUCGGCAACCAGCAGCCUCACCACGGUCAUCCCAACACCCACCACCCGCACCAGCAUCACCCGCACUUCAGCGGCAACUUUGGGUCCGAUCCCAGCGCCUCCUGCUUGCACGGAGGGCGGCUGAUGAGCUACAACAACAUGGGCAGCCAGCAAGCGUUUGCGGAGGGGUAUGAACAUAUGGCUGAGAACCAAGGAGGCGAAGGCUUUGGACAGCAAAGGUCAGGUAACAUGCCCGAUUUCCAGCACCACAACUCCAGCGCCUCUAACCACGCCGUGCCAGCACCCUGCCUCCCACUGGAUCAGUCUCCCAACCGGGCUGCCUCCUUCCACGGGCUUCCAGCCUCCAGCUCCUCGGAUUCCCAUAGCCUGGAGCAGAGGCGGCUUCCCAACCAGGGCGGCGUCGAUUCUUUGGAAUACAAUUACCCCAGCGAUGGCCCUGCAGGACACUUUGAUUUGCCAGUGUUUUCCCCUUCCGAGUCCGACGGGCAGCUUCCUCACUAUGGUGCUGGCAGACAAGUUCCUGGGGGCGGCAGUUUCCCUGGCACAUCUGUUUUGCCCAGAGCCCCAGGCAUAGUGGGGAUGUCCAAAGUUCCCCCGCAGCCGCAACAUGGUGUAUUCUUUGAAAGGUUUGGAGGGGCUCGUAAGAUGUCUGUGGGCCUGGAGCCGGGUGUUAACGCCAGACAUCCUUUAAUGCAACAGCAGCAACAGACAGGUUUACUGGCCAGACAAAACUCCUGCCCGCCAGCGAUUCCCAGGCAACAGCAAACAGAAGCCAACACUCCCAACCCCAACUUGCAGGACAAUGGGCCGAUACUGCAGAACCAGCAUGCCCCGUUUGAAUACCCUAUUCACAGACUGGAGAACAGGAAUAUGCAUCCAUAUACCGAUCCCGUCUUUAAUAUGCAGCACCCUGCUCCGCAACAGCAGCCGAAUCAAAGGCUGCAACACUUCGAUGCCCCGUACAUGACUGUGGCCAAGAGGCCCAGGUUUGACUUCCCCGGUAACCCCGCUGUGGAGCGGUGCGCGUCCUGGAAUAACAACCUGCACAGCGCGGGGAUGGAAAACCAUCUGUCGCCUUCCGCCUACCCCGGCCUCCCGGGCGAGUUCACGCCGCCGGUCCCGGAGAGCUUCGGCCCGGGCCCGCCGCUCCAGCACCCGGGCCCCGACCCGCAGGCCCUGCAGCAGCGCCAGAACGCCGCCCUGAUGAUCAAGCAAAUGGCGUCCCGGACCCAGCAGCAGAGACUCCGGCAGCCCGGCCUGCAGCAGCUGGGGCACCCCGCGGACGUGGGCCCGGGCAGCCUGGUGCACGCGGGCCCCGGGGGCCACCUGCCGCAGGCCGGCUUCGAGCGCGAGAGCGCAGGCCGCGGGCCCAACUUCGAGCCGCAGCCCCCGCACCUGGCCCAGGACAGCGGCUGGUUCCCCGGCCCGCACCCGCCGGGAGAGCUGCUGCCGCGGCGCAUGGGCGGCCCCGCCGAGCCCGGCCCGCACGACCUCAGCCUGCCGCAGAACGGCUCCGGCCUGCUCUUCCGGCCGGCCGCGGGCGGGCUGGGGCUGGCGGGGGAAGGACACGGGCCG